CCUAACUAAUUAUCUCCCUCCUCAAAGUCGCGUCCCUUGUAAUCUCUCACUCGUGAAAUUCAUCAUCUCACUCCCUUGUAAUCUCUCACUCACGAAGUUCAUCAUCUCACACGUCUCUCUCCCAUGGAUGAUGAUCCGGAUAAGCCAAUGGCUAUUUAUGUGAAAAGAAAUUCUCGGAGGAAAUCUGUCCCAGUUAGAAUUGAUGGUAUUGGUAAACUCUCUCUUGCAGAAGCACUACUUUUACUUGACAACCGUCAUGAGGGAUGCCAAAUCAAACCAGAAUUUUCUAUUGCAAUUUCUUCCAUGCCUGGAGUUAAAGAUGUCAAAAUCACUGGUGAUAUAGUAGAGAAUGAAAGAGUCGUGGUGACUGGCACCAUAACUGGAGGAGGAACUGAUGGAUGUAGUAGAGCUCAGUGGUACAAAUCGUCUUCACAAACAUUGGAUGAAAGUAAACUUGAAGCAUUAAGUACUUCUACGGUUCAAAAAGCAUUCCGCAUUCCUCUUGGAGCUGUCGGCUGUUACCUUGUUGCAAAAUAUACACCAAUGUCCCCUGAUGGUGUUUCUGGAACACCAACAUUUGUAAUAUCUGAUAGAGAAGUUGAAUCUCUUCUCCUAAAAUUGACAUUCAUAGAAAUAAUUGGAGAUUACUAUGAGGGUGGAAAAGUCACCGCUUCAUAUGGAUAUGUUGGAGGUCAUGAAGGAAAAAGUAUAUACAAUUGGUGUAUUUAUGAGAAAGAAGAUGAUCCCAAUUCUGCAAUAUUGGAGGAUUCUGGACGUCUGGAGUAUCAAUUUACCGAAAACGAUGUUGGUAAAUUCAUCUUAUUCCAGUGUACUCCAGUACGCAGCGAUGGUGUUCCUGGUGUCAAAAGAAUUUGCAUGGGUGCGAAGUGCAUUCACCCUGCUCGCCCUUCAGUCAGAAAUGUAGAAAUAGUUGGAGAUGCUAUUGAAGGAACCAUCAUCAAAGGAGUUGGUGAUUAUUUCGGGGGAGAGGAGGGAAAUAGCACGUUUGAAUGGUCACGAAAGAAUAUGGAAACUAACGGAGAGGGCUUUAUGUCGGUGUCAUCUGGUACACAUUAUACCUUAACCAAAGAAGAUGUUGGUUGUUGUUUGACUUUUUCAUACACACCAAUUAAUUCUGAAGGUCGAAGAGGAAAGAAAAAGUCAGCGGUGUCUCCUGUUGUAAAACAAGCUUCCCCUUCAGUGAGUAAUGUCAGAAUAACUGGAGAUGCUUUUGAAGGAAUGACCAUUAAUGGAGUUGGUGAUUAUUUUGGUGGAUGGGAGGGACACAGUAAGUUUGAAUGGUUGCGACACAAAGAUACUGGAGACCGUCUGUUAGUGUCAGCUGGUACAACAUCUGAUUAUACCUUGACCGAAGAAGAUGUUGGUUGUUGUUUGACUUUUGCAUACACACCAAUUAAUUCUGAAGGUCAGGAAGGAAUAAAAGCAUUUUCAGCGGUGUUUCCUGUUGUACAAGGGAUUCCUAGAGUACACAAUCUGAAGAUCGAGGGAAAAGGAUUCCAUACCAGUGUUUAUUAUGUUGAUGGCAUUUAUAGUGGUGGGAAACAAGGCAAAAAAAGAAUCCAGUGGUUUAGAUCAAUGGAGGGAAGACCUGAUAUGAUCAUACCUGGAGAAACAUGCAUUGUGUAUGAAGCAAACGUUGGUGAUGUUGGGUAUAAGUUGGUGGCCGUCUACACUCCUAUAAGAGAGGAUGGAGUAGAGGGCCAAUCAGUGUCAGUAUCUACAGAUCCAAUUGCAGUUGAGCCUGACAUUCUUAAAAAAGUGAACUGCAUCGUCGAUCGUGGAUCAGUGAAGUUUGAGGUAGCUUGUGACAGAGGCCAAACCUCAGAAAAGAGGCAGAAACGAAUCCUUGAUAUUAAUCGGAAAAGGGUUAAGAUGGUGAAACCUGCCUUUUUUCCAACUACAGAAUUUCGUGCUAGUUAUGGCCCUACCUUGCAUGUGAAGCUUUUUGAAAAUGAUGGAUACCGUCUAAAAAUAGCAGUGGAAGGUGAGAAUGAAACUGAGUUCAAGGUACAUUACCGAGAGAUUCGGGAUGUUAUCUUUCUUGUAAUUAGAUUAUUUGCUACACCCUCAAACUGACGGUGUAUGAUGAUGGUGUAUUUCAGUUAGCAAUGGACCUCAAACUGGACUACCGAAUUAAUUUUGUUGUUUCAACAUUUGGAGUCGAUUAGUAGUUUAGUUUUGCUACAUAAAUCUUGUUAGAUCAUGGAGAAACUUUUGGCUAUGUCAUGAAUAAGUGAGGGGGAGAUGGAUGAGAUCAA